AUAAGACUGGGUUUAGCCCAUUCUUGGGACCGAACCGAACCGAAGAUGCUUCCCUGCGCCUUGUAACGCGUAAAAGAUGUCGAAAGUUGGAGCACAAUCUCAUAAACAAAAACCAAAAAACCUCCAAAAUUAUUUUCAGAUUGGAGAGAGAGAGGGCUCAAACCUGCUCUCUCCCUCCUCGGUUUAUUCUAAAUUCGAAAGCAAAAGAAUAAAUAAACCCUAAGUUUUUCUUCAUUCUUUUUCCAUUAUAUCCCUUUCUUUUUCUUCCAUUUCGUUUAAAAUUUCUUCUUUUUUUUUUUAUAAAAGGAAACAAAUUCUGUGCAGUGUUGACAAUCGUAUGCCCCUUCCCAACAAAGUUCGAUCUUUUGAUGCGACGAUCGCAUGCUCGAAAUCGGGUUGAAUCCAAAUCCAAAUCGACUACCAACCCACAAAAGAUGGACCCAAUUAAGCUCCAAAUCCGAUCCAAUUCCCGAUCUACCGCUCUCUUUUCUCGAAACUCUCGUCAAACCAAGUCGAUCCCUUCUUUCGUCGCGGUUUCAAUCGCCAUAUCUCUCGCCUUGUUUGCUUUUAUUUACAUAUUCUUUUUCUCCUCCAAAGGUUCCGUCAAGUACGGGAUCAUAAUCGAUGGGGGAAGCACCGGGACGAGGAUUCACGUGAUUAGGUACAGAGUUGACGGAGGGAAAAACCCGGUUUUCGAUUUUAAAGAAGGGUUGGAUAGCUUGAGGGUUAAUCCGGGAUUGUCGGCGUACGCUGAGGAUCUGGCAGGAGCAGGGUAUUCGUUGAAAGAGCUUUUGGAGUUUGCGAGAAGGAAAGUUCCCAAGAAACAGUGGGGAGAGACGGAGAUUAGGUUAAUGGCAACGGCGGGGAUGAGAUUGUUGGAUGAUGAGGUGCAGGAGAGGAUUUUGGAGCAGUGCAGGAAGGUGCUUAGGGUGUCUGGUUUCAAGUUCCGCGAUGACUGGGCUUCCGUUAUUACAGGCUCUGAUGAGGGGGUGUAUGCGUGGGUUGUUGCAAACUAUGUACUUGGUACUCUUGGAGGUAAUCCUCUGCAUACAACUGGAAUCAUUGAACUUGGUGGCGCUUCUGCUCAGGUAACAUUUUUCUCAAAUGAGCCUAUGCCUUCUGAAUUCUCACGCUCCAUCAAGUUUGGAAAUAUCACUUACAGUCUCUAUAGCCACAGCUUUCUUCAUUUUGGGCAGAAUGUUGCACAUGAAUCAUUGAGGGCCUUACUUGUUAAAGGAGAUUUCAGUCCAGCCGCCGACUCUCUCCAUAAGGAAAUGUAUAUAGAUCCUUGUAUGCCUAAAGGAUACUUUCCCGAGUCAUCAAAUCUUUCACUAGGUUCUGUGGCUGAAAAAAGUAAAUAUAUUUCUGAAUUUAAAGCUAGGGGUAACUUCUCCGAGUGCAGAUCUGCUGCACUAAUGCUAUUACAAAAAGGAAAAGAGAGAUGUUCCUAUGAUCACUGUUACUUGGGGUCAGUUUUCAUGCCCAAGCUUCGAGGGAAAUUUUUGGCUACAGAAAAUUUCUUCUAUACCUCAAAGUUCUUUAGGUUGCGCCAGAGGGCCUUUCUUUCCGAUCUAAUUAUGGCGGGAAAGCAUUUCUGUGAAGAGGAUUGGUCAAAAUUGAAGAAGAAACACCAAUCACUCAAUGAGGAAGAUCUAUUGCGCUAUUGUUUUUCUUCAGCAUAUAUCGUGGCCUUGCUUCACGAUAGCCUUGAAAUUGCUUUGGAUGAUGAAAGGAUCAGCUUUGCCAAUCAGGUCAACGAUAUACCAUUAGAUUGGGCCUUGGGAGCUUUCAUAUUGCAAAGCACAACCAUCUCAGAUGUGCAACAAACUGACUGGAUAACUAUUAUUAUGAGCAGUGAUUCAUCCACACUAAUUUCAAUCACCGCUAUUUCUGCAAUAUUGAUGUUUGCAGCCUGGUCUAUAUCAAAAUGGAGGAAACCCCAAUUGAAGACUGUGUAUGAUCUAGAGAAAGGACGAUAUAUAAUCACUCGUAUAGGUAGAAGUUGAUCUAUCAUUGUCCAGAGGAGAUUUGAGCACGUCAUUAUGAUGUUGCAGCCAAGGAGGAGAGUGCAUGUCUCUAGGGUAUUUACUUUUUUUAAUGCUUCCUUGGUUUCUGCACCCCCUUAAGGGCAUCUCAUUCAUGGCAGUGGGAAAUGUAAGAUUGUAUAUCAAUGGAGUUCCAACAUGGCUUAUUGUAACAUUUUCUUGGGCGGGGAACUAGGACAAAAAUGAUAUUAAAUUCCCACUUUGUAUGUAUGGGGAACGAAAAUCCUUAGUUUGUAAUACCACUUUCCUAUGCUCUGGGAA